AGUUAGUCUUGCAAGAGUGAAUUUGCCAGGUAGGUGGUGAGUAUGCCUUAGCUGUCUGGCAAUGGUUUUUUAUGGAUAGAUGACUAUCCUGUUCAUGCAAGUGACAACUAAAAGAAAAUGUUCCCAUAAAGCAGGUGAUGAUUAUUCUGUGUGCUUGUCAGACAACUGAUAGUGAAGAAACUGCUCUUAUCUGACAACUGUAGAAAUCAUGGCACUCAAGGAUACUACACUGAAGUCUCUCCCUCCAUCAGCCAGGCCCACUGUGGUCACGUUUCUCGUUCUUAUACCAGCUGCGUGCAGUGCCAUCAAGCUAAACUGUUCUCAGCCCAACCAACCAGCCCUGCUGGAGGCUCUGACUCCAUUCUUCAACCUGAGCUCCAUACGACCCGUCAUGAACAUGACCACUUGCACCAACAUCACCACAGACUUUACCAUGUAUGCGAUAAUAGGAGUGGAUGAAAAGGCUCAACUCUUGCUCACUUACCUUUGGCUAACUUAUCGGUGGAUGAACGAGUUUGUCAGCUGGGACCCAAUCAAGUGCGGCACCAACGUGAUAUCUCUUCCCAGAGAGAAGUUUUGGGUGCCAGAUAUUGUAAUUAAUGAAUUUAUGGAUGAAAACACAGCCCCCUUUGUCCCGUAUGUGUAUCUGUAUAGUGACGGUCUGGUGCAUGAUGCUCAACCAGUCAGAGUUGUCAGCUCCUGUAACCUCGAUAUCUACACCUUCCCCUUCGAUGUACAGAACUGCACUAUGACUUUCAGCUCCUACAUCCACUUAGCGAUGGACAUAAAGAUUUUCCUGGGGAAAAGUCCAGAGGACAUCACAGAGUACUCCAAGGAGGUGAUGACCACCAUGGGGGAGUGGGAGCUGCUGGAUAUCACCACCCACAAAUACAGCCAUGUCCUUAACGAUAAAAAGUUACCUGGCCAAGUGUUUUGUUUCUUCCCUAUGCAGAUCAGAAUUAGACGCCGGGCCACCCUCUAUGUGGUGAACCUGCUGAUCCCCAGCUGCUUCCUCAUCACAGUGGACCUCUUCAGCUUCCUGCUGCCUCCCCAGACUGUGGACCGGUCCACCUUCAAGAUGACCCUCAUCCUGGGCUACACUGUCUUCCUGCUCAUCAUGAAUGACCUGCUGCCUAUUACCGGAAACACCAUACCUCUCAUAAAUGUGUUCUUCUCUGUCUGCCUGGCUCUGAUGGUGACCAGUCUACUGGAGACCAUCCUCAUUACCAACCUGCUGUGUGGCUCUGCUGACUUCUCUCCCGUUCCUCGCUGGAUCCAAGUGCUUGUUCUGCAAAUUUUGGGCCGCCUCAUUUGCCUGCCUCAGAAGACUAAAGAACUAAGAGAUUUAGGUGGUUUAAUACAUGCGUACGAAAUUUAGCAAUGAAAGAUUACAGAAAAUUACUGAAUAUACAGAGUGAAUCAGAUGGAUUACCAUGAUUGUU